GCAUACUUUGCUUCUCUCAUCUACACGGACAGCAGUUCCCAUUUUUGCAAACCAUACAUAAUUACAAGGAAAAUUAAAUAUUACCACACAAGGAAAAUCAUUGUGGUGUCCAUAAAUAUAAAAUAAAUAGGCAUAAAUCUAGCGUAGGCUACACAUUUACCCAAAUUAUUCACGCGAAUUGUAUCAGGCGUAAUGACGGAUCAAAUUAACCUGGUUGACCAAUAGUGGCAAGAGACACAUGUAUAUAAGGACACCUGUCAAAGUGGGUUGUCCGUCAAGAAUCAGGAACCACAAUUCUGAAGACUGCGAAAUCACCUUCUGUAAGUCCAUUUAAAACCUUACUCUGCAACUUACCAGUUAAGUUGAGGUUGCUCAUAAUUUUUCUAUUGCACCGUGGAAUGGAAUACGUCUUGGGACAGAGGAUCAGACGCCGGGGGGAGAGGGUCUACCGGCCCAGACACACCUAUCUCUCCCUGAGUGAGGUGGAAUGCAGGCGUAAGCUAUGCCUGACCCGUCAGGCUGUCACAGAUAUCUGCCAUCUCCUGGCAGAUGAGCUGGGGACAGAUGCACGCUGUCCCUAUGCCCUCCCCGUUGAAGUGAAAGUUACAGCGGCACUGCAUUUCUAUGCAUCUGGGUCGUUCCAGCAUCCCCUUAGUUCUAUUGGGUGCAUUUCACAAUCGGCAAUAAGUUCGGCUAUACAUGCAGUUACGUCAGGUCGAGUCCGACAUGCUGGGGAAUACAUCAAAUUCCCCGUUACACCUGACAGCCAGGAAAGAACAAAGCAGGAGUUUUCGACCAAGUAUGGGUUCCCUGGCGUCCUUGGUGCUAUAGACUGCACCCAUGUGCAGGUACGUGCCCCAUCAGUAAACGCACUCGUAUACAUAAACCGGAAAGGAACUCAUUCGAUUAAUAUCCAAGUCAUUUCCGAUGCUAAUUGUAGAAUAAAUUAUGUCUUUGCUAAUCACCCUGGCUCAAGCCAUGACUCUUUCAUAUUGGCAAACUCGACCAUUCCUGCCAUAUUCGAGGGGAAUCCUCCCUUGGAUGGGUGGCUGUUAGGGGACAACGGCUAUCCGUUGAAGUCAUGGCUCAUGACCCCAUUUAUUAUGCCUGCAACAGUGCGCGAAAUUGUAUUCAACAGGAAACACACACAAGCACGCAGUGUGAUUGAACGUACAUUCGGAAUACUGAAAAUGCGCUUCAGGUGUUUGGAUAGGUCAGGUGGUACUUUACAGUAUGGUCCUCAAAAAGUCGCAGCAUUCUUUGUGGCAUGUUGUGUUUUACACAACUUUGCCAUGAAUCAUGGAUGUGUCGAUGACAUUAAUGAGGAUAGAUUAGAGGACUUAAGGAGACGUGAUGCUGAACUGCAUGUACCGAUGCCAUUACGUCCAAAUGCCGCAGCAGCACGGGAGAGGAGAGCUCAUCUGUCAGAUGAGCUGCAUCGUAUAUAGUGAGGACAUCUUUCGGGCAGUCUGUCUUCUCUGCAAAGGGGGCAAAACUAUGGAACCUCUUGC